ACAGUAUAGGGAUCAAAAUGUAAUUUUGACAAUGGAGAGCGCGAGAGAGAGGCCGGGCUCCGGGUAGACGCCGGCGGCCGCCGAUACCGUUGGAUCCGUACGGUCUCGGGAAUCCCAACGGGUAGAGACAGUAAAAAGGAGAAAAAACAGUCAGGGAAGAGAGAAAGACCCGUUUCCCCGUUUUCUUCCUUCCUUGAAGUCCUUCUCCAUUUCUUUUGCCGUAGACUUGUUUUCUUGCUCUUUGAUACGUGUGAAAAGUCUCGCCUUUUUUGGGUUUUGUGAUACCUCUCCCCAAAUCUUUGUUAACCAAUUUCUCUCUCUGUCCCCCAUUUUUCUCCUCCUCCCGGACCUCAGUCAGUCGAUCAACCCGGACUCUCUUCUCUCGCUCUUUCUCUCUAGCUAUCUUGGGGUUUUCGUUUAAAAGAGAUGGAGAGUGGAAGCCGAGCAGAUCACGGAAGCAAUGUCACUCCUGCUGCAGCACCAGGGCACGAGAGCCAUGGAGGAGUCCACGUCUGUCAAAAAUGUGGGUGGCCGUUUCCCAACCCACAUCCGAACGCAAGGCACCGGCGUGCUCACAGGAAGAUAUGUGGAACACUUCCAGGCUACAGCCUUCUCCCACAGCUUCAGACUGGCCAUUCCCCUGUUUCUGAUGAUGAUGAUCAGCACUCUGAUGGGGAUCUCAAGACCCCUAGUCCGAAAGUUUUGGCGAGAAGUCAAUUCGAGAUGAGCAGUGGCGGAACAGGGGGGAGAUCGAAUAGAUCAGAAGAUGAUGUUUUCUCGGAUGCUGUUGAUGAUUUUGUUGAUACUGGAUCCGCUGUGGGGUUCCAACAGCGGUUGGAGGAGGGCUUUAAAGGAACUAUCAACAAAAAAGAUACAGCAACUGUUGAAUCCCCUGAGGCAGCAAUUGGUAGUGGUCCAGGUACUUCAGACAAGAAAACACAAAUGCAAAUCACAGAGGUUCAGGCAGAUAGAGUUGCACCAGCAUCUGCAGAAUAUGUUCCAAUUGCUACAACUGACUUGACUGAACGAGAACACGGGGAUGAGUCUGCUCAUACAGGAGGAGUAUUGACGAGUGACUUAAAUCCAAUGAUAUCUGGAAAUCAGAUGAAUGAUUCUGGAGAGGUGGCGAAGAACAACAUUAAUGAUCUGAACGGGACCUAUCAAAAAGGAAAUGAACAAGCCACUCCCGAAGUUCAGGUGGCAGAUGGUGUUUUGUCUGCUGAUAAUGCUACUGUCAACUCAUCAGAAGGUAUGUCUAAUAUAGAGAAGGCAGUGGCUGUGAGUUCAAGUACUGGACCAAACUUUGGCAUCUGUCAACUGGAGGAAGUGCACACUGCAAAGAUGGACGAGGUCCCUCAGUUAAAAGAAGAGUGUCAUGGAAAGUUAGAAACUAGAAGUUCCUUCGAUGAUGUGAAAUCUACUGAUGCUUCUGAUGAUACUGCGGAGGUUAACGUGGAUGCUCCGUUAGCACCUGCAUCUGCAAUUUCCAGUGAGUCAGUAGAGGGUGUGAAUAGUAUGGAGGAUGAGAAUGCACAUGUUAUUUCAGUCCUUGGUGAUAUAAAAUAUGUUGGCAAUGCUGAGGCCAUGAUUGAGGGCUUCAAAGGUGAAGGGAGUAAAAUUCUUCAAACUGUCAAUUUAGGCUCAGAUGGAAUAACAAAUGAAGCAAAGGACUCUGGCUCUUCAAUUGAUGAUAAUUGUUCCAGUAAUCCAAUUAGGCAAUUGGUGGAGGAAACACUUUCAACUGCAUCAGAAGUUCAGGUUCUUGGAGAUAGCCCUGAAGUGAAAGGUGAAAGCAGUAGGUUGAUUGAAAGUUAUCCAGGUUCAUGUGCAGAGGUCUUAUCGGAUAUGAAUCCGCAGGUUCCAUCUGCAGAUAGAGAAGCUGAACAGCUUAAAAGACCUGCCGAUACUACAUUGAUUGAAGUUUCUCCAGGUUUAAGUGCAGAGGUCUUAUCGGAUAUGAGUCAGCAGGUUUCAUCAGCAGAUAGAGAAGCUGAACAACUUAAAAGACCUGCGGACACUCAUUCUGGUACUUAUGAAGUGCCAAAUAAUGAAGUGUCUGAUGUAGGUGACAACAGCAAAAUAGCCAUUAUGGAGCCUCACAAAGAAGACAACCAAGCAGAUUCAGAGCCUGAUAAUAUCAUUUUUGAGAAAGAAAGACUUCAUGGUCAGCUUGAUAGGCCUAAUGUGAGUGGGGCCGAAAACUCAGCUCCAUCAAGCUUGGUGGAUCAGGAUGACAACCAAGCAACUUCAGAGCCUGAUAAUAUCAUCUUUGAGAAUAUAAGACUUCAUGCUCAGCUUGAUAGGCCUGAUGUGACUGGGGCUGAUAAUUCAGCUCCAUCAAGCUUGGUGGACCAGAAUGUUUCAAUGAAGAUCGAGGAAACUGUUGAACGUGAAAUUGAGUAUACACAAACAGGUGUCUCUGAACAAGGUAUACAAGAAGCCAAAAGCAUAGAAAGUAAUUUCCUUGAAUGUGUGAGUGCUACUGAUUGUCAAGAGGACACAAUUGACAGAGACCUUGCACCUGCAGCAGAAACUGGGGGCUCACAGUCAGGGUCAGUGAUGGAAAAAUCUUCAGUUGAAUCCAAAGCGAUGCUCGAAUCUACAGAUGUUCACGAAUCCAGUGCUAUAGCAGACAAAUUAGUAAAUGCAUCAGAGAGACAAUUGAAAGAAGAAUCUGCUUGCAUAAAUAUGGGUGAAGUGUCUCACACUGAGGCAAACUUAGAUAAACUUGAGACCGAGUCUACUCUUGCAGUUGGUGGGACACCCGAAUUGGUUAAAAGUGAAGAUGCUGAAUUUCCACAGAAGUCUUCACAAGACCCUGUAGCAAAGGACAGUGUAACUUCUUCAGAUUCUGAUUCAUUAAAUCCUUUAGUAGCUAAAGAUGAAUGCACCAGAGACUUGGUCGCAGAUGCAUCUCAUGACAAACCCGAACCAUACGGUAAAGAAGGUGACUCCUCUACUGAACAGCUUGGUACAUCUGCGGCAGAUUUUUCGGUCAAAUCAAAUAGCCAAACUGAUAGUCUGGAAACCCACUGGGGUUCUGCUUCAGAUAUGCCAGUCAGCACAGCGAAGACAAAUGCUCCACGAGACUCCGACAAGACGGAUAUGUUUGAGGCCCCAUCUUUCAUGACCCUUGUCGAGCCAAGAACUGCAGGUGACCAAAAAGCUGCUGGUGCGUCUUCAGAAAUCCAUUCAGCACAGAACCCGCAACAGUCAAAAGCUCAAGCUGGAUGGUUCCCCUCCAUUACUAACGUGGUAAACGAGUCACAGGGAAGGAAAAAGAACGAAGAGAUCAUUGCAAAGGUGACGAAUCGGAGCCAUACUGGUGGGAAGCAGCACACUCCCUUGAAGAGCCUGCUAGGCGAGGCGAACCAGGAAACGAAAUCGAGGUCGUCGCCAACCCAUGUCAAGGAAAAUGCUGCAGUGGUCGUCAGCAAAGUCAGGGACAAUGGGGUCAGGAGUUCUACUACCAUUCAGGAGGAAGGUGCUGGGAGGAAAGAGUGGAACUCUCCAGCGAGGUAUCCGGCAGAGAUCAAGAGGGAGAAGAGGAAAGAGAAGGGAAGGCCUUACUGGGCUCAUUUGGUCUGCUGUGCAUCUGUCAAAUGAGAAUAGAUAGAUGAUGCGUCUGAUACAGCUAUAUGUAUAGUGAAUGUGGCUCUUGGUUCGUAAAUAGGCUGCAACUGGAAGUUUGCUAUCGUGUCCUGUGUUUGUGUGGUUGGAGAUGUGUAGUAUAGACUAUAGAGGGAAGUGAACUUGUGAAGGUAAACAGCAAGCACAUUGAAGCAUGAGUAGAGCAAUUUGUUAUCAUGUUGAUGCUCCUCCA